AUGGCUCUGAUUAGAGAGAAGAGGUUUACCCAGAUGAAUCUCUCGCUGCACGUGCCAUCCCGUGCGCCCUUGUUCCAAGAGGCGGCCGCACGGCGGCAAUGCCCGCCGCCGUCGACGUCAAUGGCGACGCCGGCGUCCCGGUCCAACCAGUUCCGGCUCGCCGACUUCGAGAGAGUCGCUGUGCUCGGCCGCGGGAAUGGUGGCACCGUGUACAAGGUUCGCCACCGCGAGACGUGCGCGCUCUACGCGCUGAAGGUGCAGCACUCCGGCGAGCCCGCCGCCGCCGAGGCGGACAUACUCAGCCGGAUGGCGUCCCCGUUCGUCGUCCGGUGCCACUCCGUCCUGCCCACCGCCUCCGGCGACGUCGCGCUGCUCCUCGAGCUGGCGGACGGAGGCUCCGUCGACGCCGUCGUGGGACGCCGCGGGGCGUUCCCGGAGGCGGCGGUGGCGGAGGUGGCGGCGCAGGCGCUGUCCGCCCUGGCGUACCUCCACGCCCGCCGCGUCGUGCACCUGGACGUCAAGCCGGCGAACCUCCUCGCCAGCACGGCCGGGGAGAUCAAGGUCGCCGACUUCGGCAUCGCCAAGGUGCUCCCCCGCGCCGGCGACCACUGCGCGUCGUACGUUGGCACCGCCGCGUACAUGAGCCCGGAGCGGUUCGACCCGGAGGCGCACGGCGGGCACUACGACCCCUGCGCCGCCGACGUGUGGAGCCUGGGCGUGACCCUCCUGGAGCUCCUCGUGGGCCGGUACCCGCUGCUCCCCGCCGGGCAGAAGCCGAGCUGGGCGGCGCUCAUGUGCGCCAUCUGCUUCGGCGAGCCACCCGCGCCGCCCGCCUGCGCGGCGUCGCCGGAGCUCCGGGCGUUCAUGGCCGCGUGCCUGCGCAAGGACUACCGCGAGAGGGCGUCCGUCGCGGAGCUCCUCGCCCACCCGUUCGUCGCCGAGAGGGACGUGGCGGCGUCGAGGCACGCGCUCCGGAGGCUGGUCGCCGAGGCCUCGUCGCCGUCGCCGUAG